AUGUAUGGGGGAAGUCAAGCCUUGGGUAUAAUAUUAAAUAAUUAUGUCCACAUCGUAGUCCAGGAAAUAUAUUGCAAUGAUGGAGACAUACUAAAAUUUUCUGCUCAGGGGUUAUUAGCUUCAUGGAAAAUACCUGAUGAUGAGUUUAUAUAUAACAUCGUACAAAAGACAAUUAUAUGCGCGAUAAAUAUACAAAACUCCAUAGCAGCACUGAAAAAUGAUAACGAAAUUUUCAAAGUAAAUAUAGCAGUUUCGGUGGGAGAUGUAACGUUCUCAAUCAUCGGUAGCAACGAAGCGCGACAUUUUGUGAUUUAUGGUUUGCCGAUUGAAGAGUUAAAGCUAGCCAACAGGAUUUCUCUACCAAAUGAUUUGAUAUUAACAUUAAGUGCGUGGCAGCAUUGUAAGCCGAGUCAAUACGAAUAUGUCAUCAAAAACCUAAAUAAUAUCAAGAUUAUAAGAGUAUUAGAGCAACCAGACACAAUGCCGACAUCAUGGAGUGCUAGCACUAUUUCGGAUGGUAUUACAACUUUCAGAAAAGAGAUAUUUCCAAUAAAUUCCAGACCAUCAUCACCUUACAAAGCACGUAUAUCUAUUGACAGAGGACUAUUCUUCGAGAUACCUCCGAUAAUCGCUGAUAAAGAGAGAACUGCUACAGCGAUUUCUGAGAUAAUAAAAUCGAAUCCGGAUUUUGCUAUACAUUUGAGAACUUAUUUGAUGAAGCCGGUGAUUCAGCAGAUCGAAAAGGGUAUAUCUUUAAGACUUUUGACGGAGCUUAGACGAAUUACAGUAGUAGCCUUCGAUAUUGUUCCUCCCGAAAAAUGUUCAUACGAUGAAUUAAUUCUUUUGGUUGAUAAAUGCUUUCUAUUUUUGCACAGCACAGUUACGAAAUAUUCAGGUUGUAUCAACACAGUGAAUUUGUACGAAACAAAUAUUUUCUUCUCUAUCAUAUUUGGAAUACGGGGUUGUAACGACCGCGACGACCAAUUUAAAAUCGACCAGAAUUGCAAAAAAGGACUUACAUUUGCGAUGUAUGCAUUGCAAACAGUAAAAAGCAUUGGCAAUAUGCAAAACGUAUUCGCGGGAGUUUCAACGGGAAUGGCUUACUGCGGCGUGAUCGGACAUGUUGCUAGAAAAUAUUUCGCUGUUAUUGGACCGCCUCUCGAUAAAGUUAUGAAAAUAAUGAGUAUUUCUUACGAUAAGGUUUCCUGUGAUUAUGACACUGUGAUACACAGCCACUUCAAAAAAUAUCAAUUUCGCUCACGAGGCGUAAGAAUAUUUGGACGAUUGGAGAAAUUUCAAGUCUACGAAUAUCUAGGCGAACUGAUAAAAAAAGAUACAAUUGCGCCUCUGGACUAUUGCUAUCCUAUUUUGGAUAGAGAGGAAGAAAUUGGAGUGUUUAACAAUGUUUUGGAUGAGAUCGGAAUAACAAAUCGGAAUUAUUCGGGAAUAUUAAUUGAGGGUAUCGAGAGAUCAGGAAAAUCAAGACUUUUAGAUGCUUUUGUCACGAGCGGUAGCAACAGACAAAUAAAAUCAAUUAAACUUAACCUUCACUCGACGUAUACAGACAAGGCUUAUUCAGUUAUACAUCAUAUUAUUCUGCAAAUACUUGAAGCCGAAGAUUGUGACACGGUCGAAGAGCGUAAAAAGAUAUUGCUUCUUAAAUUAAGCAAUAUACUCGUUCUGAAAGAUUUCUGUUAUCUCAACAUUUUAAUGAGAGUUGAUUUUCCUCUUUGCAACUCUUAUUGCUCGGAAUCUAAUUGGCAGCGUCAUACGAAGAUUAUUAAUAUCUUCGAAAUGAUAUUGAAGGAGUUGGUAGAUAAAAUCUGCAUUUUCCUCGACGACAUUCAGUACAUGGACUACAUGUCUUGGCAAUUUCUGUCAGCGGCUCUUAAUAACAACAAUAUUGUUAUGGCGAUGACGAUAUUGAAACCGAAGUCCUUGGAUGAUCUGUCCCACGUGGAAGUAGAAAUCUACAAAGACAAAAGGUUCAUGAUGUGUGCGUUGCACGAUCUGGACGUAAAUCUACUUCCGAUAUUCGCAUGUCAAUUCUUGAACGUCUUUGGGAUACCUAGAAGAUUAAACAAGUUUUUACGGAAGCGCAAGAACGGCCAUAUCGGAUGGUGCGAGGCAUUGCUGACGUUUCUACUUCAGAAUAACAGUUUAGACUUCAUCAAGAUAGCGCCUGGAGAAGCGAAAAGACACGAUCUCAUUUUUGUAAAUACUGCUCUGGUUACAAAGUUGCCGAUUGAUCUGACACCCGAGGAAGUUGCGCCACCUUUGCCCUGGACGCAGAUGAGCGAAUUGGAUGUCUGUGUCACAAAUGAGAAUUACUCCAAGAUUGAUGAUAUAGAGGCACAACAUGACAUGAGAGAAAUAAUGCUCAAGAUUUACAACGAGAUGAAUCCGUACGAGCAAAGUUUUAUUACGUGCGCUGCUACGCUGGGCAAAGUGUUUAAACGAAACAUACUACAAAACGUAAUGCCAAAUUCAAUACCACCGCAUACCAUCAGCGCCGUUUCCGAGAUGAUUCGAAUACGAAUAUUGGAAUGAGCCUCGCUUCAGCGACGAGAUUUCCACACCGAGGAUCUUAUCUUCUGCAUAGACAAGAAGCGAAAGACAUUCUCUGAUAUGCAUCAUUUACUAGUUUGCCAUUGCCAUCAUUCAACACCACCUCAUUACUCGCACUGCAAAAUGCUGGAAUUCAAAAUCGGCUUAUUUCGCAGUAUGAUGUAUGAUAUGCAGACAAAGGAAGAAAAGCAAAAUCAUCACGACAGAGCGGCCAAGAUAUACAGUAUGGAUGCGCGAAAGUGCAAUUCCUGUGGCAACGGUCAUUUUCUGCAAGUUCCCAGCAAAGAUAAAUUUACCGAGGAGGAAACCCCAACGCAUUCGCCUAGAAUUUCGUUGGUUCGUCAUAGAACCAUUAUUGAGGAGCAAAAUAACAAAUUCAAAUCAGGUAUAUUUUCCCCGAAGGUGAACGCGAAAAAAAAUGAUCGCAGUGAAAUCCGCAGAAUAUCUAUUCUGCCGUCGUUUCUCGAUGACGAAGAGAAAGCUCCGAAAGACGAAAUUAAAGAUAGUUUAAUAGAAGACACAUUUAUACGAAGAUUUUGGAAACGACCUGCGAUCGUCGGUCUAGAAAUAAUAAAAGAUCCUUCCUAUCCUGCCUUCUUAGAACGGUUCAAUCACAUUGAUUAUCGCAAUUGUCAAUGCGACAAUGUUCUCGGUCAUCUUUUCUGGAAGUUGCAUCAGCAUAUUGAGAACUGUGAAGAACUUGAUAAAGUGCUCGAUUUUUUUAUGGAAUACAGUGCCGCACUGAUCCAAACUGCGCAACCACUUUAUGCCAUUAAACUGCUUUCAAUUGCCACUGAAAAGAAUGAGGCUAUCGAGAUAAAUAAAUGGACAGAUGACGUAGAAAAAAUUAUCACGAAUAAAGGAAUUAUUCUAGCUUUAAUGGGCGACGCACAUAGCGAGUUGGGAAAUUAUGAUCAAGCUAAGAAGUAUUAUACAACAGCAGUGAAAUUGCGAGGUACUCUGAUCAAAACGAAGAAAGCUAUCUGUUACCGUAUAAUGUCGAGAAUGUAUUGUCAAGUGCAAUAUCCUCACUAUGUGAUUAAUGAAGUAUCGAGGCAAGCUAUUGUAAAGAGAUUGGAAUUAGUGUCAUAUAUGCGUCGUCUUUGCAUCAUGUAUAUGAUAGAAAAUAAAUUGAAGAUGGCGCAAGCUUAUGCCUUGAGAAGUUUCAAGCUGGCUUUUUCAAGUCUUGGUAGUUUUCUAGAAAAAAGCGAGAUAUAUCUUGUGACGGUUCGAGUUUUGACUUGCAUAAAAAAUAUCGCAGCGUUAAGAGGUGAAUUGGAAGAAGCUAUAAAUAUUGGUAUAAAGGUUCUAAAAAUCUCUGCAACAUUGCAUAUUAACAAAUUGAUGCUCGUUAUUGUGCCGUCUUUAAUUCAAAUAAUGCUAUGGACCAAGCGUAUCAACGAAGCUGUCGAUUUGAUACGAGAACUAUACUUUUUAGCAGAGGAGGAUGUAGAUUUGUCAGAUAAGACAUGGUAUUAUGCUCUUUCUGUAGAGUUUAUACUGGACGCAGGUGUAGUACUAGAUUCGUACGAUGUAUUCCAUAGGUAUUAUGAGAGAUGUGUAGGUAAGAAACACAUUACGAUUUGUAAAUAUGCAUUGAAAUUUAUACAAAACAUUUCUUGUUAUUAAUGACUUUUUUUCCAUCCAAUUUUAUUUCAAAUUGUAAUUAAUUUAACACGCGUAAAAAAAUAAUUAUGUAGCUCGAAAAGACUCAAAAUUUUGUGCAUGGCGCGAUCCGCAAAGCUUAAGCCACUUAUAUACAUGCCUAUGGUUAUACCAGCUUAGAAUGUAAGUAUCCAGUUAUCUCUUUUCUAUUAUCGGUUAUAUUCUCUUUCUCUCUUCUAAUGUAAAAAUAAAAAAGAUAACUGAAUUCUAAGCUAUUGAUAAAUUUCUAAAACUUGCGAGUGAAAAAUUUUUGGCUUAUUCUUUAUCGUGAAUUUUAAGCUAUUAAUAAAUUUCUAAAACAUGCGAGUAAAAAAUUUUUGGUCGUUCUUUAUUUAUGUUUUCAUACUUUUUAUAAAAAGAUCUCUGCUAUAAAAUGAUCUCAAAAUUAUCAACUUGCGUUGUUCAAAAAUAAAUAAAAAGGUAUCUUAAUUUUAAAGAAUAGUUUCUACAUUUUUUUUAUUUUCUUAUAAUUUUUGUAUAAUUUUGAGAAGUAAAUAAUUGAAUAGAUUUAUUAUGAUAUAAUUGUUAGUAAUUGAAAGAUAUUGGCUAUGCAGGGGAUACAAGGUUACUGAAGCAUUUACGCACAAGGCAGAAGAUUUUAUAAAGCAAGUCAAUUGUGACGAUUUUUCCUGAAUUUUUAUUUGCCUCAAGGUAUACUUGCGAUUUAUUAAAGGUCCACGUUUUUUUUCAAUUGUUAUAUAUUAUAUAUAAAUUAAGAAUAUGUCAAUUAUUCUUUUCUUCUGAUAAUUUCAUAAAGUUCUAAAAGCUUAUAGUUUUAAUCUAUUACGAAUAAAUCUCAAGAUUAACAUUAUCCAAUAUAUGUCUUUUACUAAUAUACUUUUACUGUUUUUUCCGAUGAUACAUCAUAUAUUAAAUAAAAAUGAUUACCUUUUUUCAAUCGCUUUUUAUGCUUUUUUUUUUUGCAGGGACUUGAAUGUCAUCUAAUGAAGCUGCUCCAUUGCAUCAAUAUGAAGCAAUCUGACGAGCUAUCGGAUCUGAUUCAAGAUAUUUCCAAAAUUAUCAAAUUUCUCAAAACUAUUUCCAAUCAUGCAACGGUCAUAAAACCGCGUUUGUAUUUGCUGAUGGCAUACCUAAAUGUUCUUCGAGGUCGGACAACGACUACACGAUUUUAUCUGCAUAAAGCACAAAAAUUUGCAACCUUGCAAGGAAAUAAACAGAUAGAAGCAUGGAUCAUACAAAAUAAAAGGGUAAUAAAUUUAGUUGAAAAUAAUAUACUUUACAAUAAAAACAAGUUAAGUUAAUUAAAUCUUUGAUUUAAUAUCUUUUGCGGAAAAUUGGUUAGAUAACUGAUAAUGAAAUGUUUUAAACAAUCCGAAUAAAUUUUUCUUGCAGACAUGGAAGGAGAAAAUGUUCAAUAAUAUGGCGCAAUACUGGGUGGAAUACAUUGAAUCACCAGAUUUUGUGGCUUGGCAGUAUAUUCACUAUUUUAACAUGAACACCUGGUCCACUAUUCUCUAUCCUUUACCGAUACCUGACUCACAUUUAUAGCAAAAAAAUGUAAUACUGUUUGACAUGUUAUUUUUUAUCACGAUGUUACAUUAAUCUAUCGCAAUCUAUGAUUAUCCUUAUAGAUGCUAGUUAAAAGGAGAUAAUAGAUAUUGUAGCGAAAUAUUUAUUUAUUAAAGGCAUAUUACAUUUUUAUGUUCUAGAAGAUAAACACGACGAUCCCUUCGUGCGCACGAUACUUCGUCAAGGCGAAAUUUUCUCGAUUCUUUUCUUUUUUUCCACAAAGUGACCUCCGCGCAUGAUAAAUCUCAAUCGUGACAGCGAUUGUCAUUCGCUUAAAUAUGGAUAUCUUCGGCGACCGAUGUUUACACUUCGUUUACAUCUCGAUGAUUAAUUAUUAUGUACUGCGAUUUAAUUAAUUGCUCUAUUUGACCGAAUUUGGCCGAGUACGCCAAGGAUGUUUGCGAAUUUGAGAGAAAAAAAAAGAGAAAAAUGGAAAAG